GUUCAACUGUCGUUGAAUUGAUGGCGUCUCUUUUUCUCCUCCUGAUUUUUCGAUCGAAAAAGAUCCAUUGGCGAUCGGAACAGAUUCUGAAAGCAUAUGCCAUUCUUUUAAUACUCGGUCUUUUUGAAAGGUUGUAGGUAUUUCGAAUUUCAAAUUCGAUUUACAACCCAGAGAAGGGAUCUCCGAGGGUUAAUUGAAUGAAAUGCUGUGAAAGAAUCUCAAAUUUGGAAGGAAAACGUUAUACUAAGGUGCGUUUUUUACUUAUGCAUACCUGAAGAUUUAAAUAACUGAGUCAGUAAAAUUUGAAGAGAGACGUGCUAAUUAUGGAUGAAUGUCGAGGAACGACGUAUGUUCCGGAAGUAGAGGAAGGUUUACGAAAGGAGCAGGAACGUCGGGUUGUACAGGAAGGAGCUUUCUUGUGGAAGACCCGAAAGGAGGAGCUUCAACGUCAGAAACACCGCGAGCAAUAUGAAUUGCAGGCAAUGUUGAAGAGUUAUUCACCUUGGGGAAAACCUGGUGGUGGUGCUCCAUGCGAGACAACUUUGCGGAAGAAGAAUGUGCCACUCGAGCCAUCAGAGCGAGUAAACACUCAAGACAUGCUGAAUUCCGUUCCAUGGGGUCGUCCUGGACCUGGUGGAGCUCCUUGGAGAGAUCCUAAAUUGUUGGGAGUUCGUUUUCUCGAAUCACUGGGAUGGAUGACAAAAUCUGCUAUUAAAAGUAUGCAACCAAUAAAUCCCCAGGCAUCAACUGAGAUAAAUAAAUUGCACGAUGCCAAUGCUAGAAAAGGAAUUACCCCGGACCCUCAUCCAGGUCCUAUUACUGAACGCAAUUCAGGGAAAGCGUAUAAUGAGGAGGUUCAGGUUUAUCGCCUCACCGGUGGCGUCGAGUUGGUACCACUUCUGACAUGUAGGAGGCAUUAUUCACAAUCGCAGCCCAUCCGACAUCUCAUCACUGACGCCAGAAAAUCUAGUUACACUUUAGAAACUUUGAGAGCACUUGCCGCUACCAACAGAGAAUACAUAGCAGAGCUCGCUGAUCAAAUAAGACGAAAACGAGAAAGAAACGUGGAAGAACAGCGAAUGGAAAAGGAAAGAUGUCGGAGACAUUUCGAUACGUGGAAGAGUCUAUGGGGUAAACCGGGACACGGAGCACCAAUAGAUCACGUGCAGAGAAGCAAUCUUUACAAUAUACUUUAUCGACCGUCCGUUUACUAAAUUCAGCUCUAAUACCGUGAAUCUUAAAUUUUCUUUUUGUGACCAUGUAGAGAUUCGUUUCCUUUGGAAAAGAAAAAAAAAUAUACUAGUUUAAAUUUAACGGGAAACAUGGUUGGAAUAUGGAUUUCAUCUGUAUUCUUAAAAAUACAACGGAAAUUCUUUGCUUUAAAAA